UGUGCGCAGGCGCAGUGCUACUUCAUACAACUGCAUCAAGAAAACAUGGCGGCGGCCGUCGAUAGUGUUGUGAAAGUGCUGGGGGAGCAGUAUUACAGAGAUGCUAUGGAGCAGUGCCACAGCUACAAUGCCCGCCUGUGUGCAGAGCGCAGCAUCCUCAUGCCUUUCCUGGACUCUCAGACCGGUGUGGCCCAGUCCAACUGCUACAUCUGGAUGGAGAAGAGACACAGGAGCGCAGGUGUCGCUCCAGGGCAGCUCUACACCUACCCAGCCCGACGGUGGAGGAAGAAAAGGCGUUCCCACCCCCCUGAGGAUCCUCGCCUGGCUUUCCCCCCUCUCAAAGCAGCGGAUCUGGAGCUGGGUCUGAAGCGUGAUACGUUGGGAGCGGUGGACGGCAGCAGCCUGGAGGCCCUGCUGAAGGGGGAACCCCUGGACAGGAGGAGCGGUGUGUCAGAGCUCCGCGGUCCUGAAGACGACCAGGCCGCAGCAGAGCCUGCUGCUGCUUCUGCAUCCACCCACACUUCAUCUGGACGGGUCCGCAAGAGAGUCCUGGACCAUGACGACUACCUGGACGACCUGGACGAUGAGGACUUUGAGGAUGAGACCCCCAAGAGACGAGGCAAGAGCAAGUCCAAGGGUCGCAGUGACAGGAAUGGCAAGAAGAAAACAGAGGCGGCUGCUGCAGCGCUGGAGGAGAGGGACAAACCUUAUGCCUGUGACAUCUGUGGGAAGCGCUACAAGAACCGUCCAGGCCUGAGCUACCACUACACACACUCUCACCUGGCCGAGGAGGAGGGCGAGGACCGAGAGGAGAUCGAGGCACCACCCACUCCUCGCCAGCCUGAGGAGCAGAAGACUCCUAAGAAGGGUCCCAACGGCCUGGCCCUGCCCAACGACUACUGUGACUUCUGCCUGGGAGACUCCUCUUUAAACCAGAAGACCGGCCAGUCAGAAGAGCUGGUAUCCUGCUCAGACUGCGGGCGCUCAGGCCACCCGACAUGCCUGCAGUUCACAGCAGUGAUGAUGGCUGCGGUGAAGACCUACCGCUGGCAGUGCAUUGAGUGCAAGUGCUGCAAUGUCUGCGGCACCUCAGAGAAUGACGACCAGCUGCUGUUCUGUGAUGACUGCGACCGAGGCUACCACAUGUACUGUCUCAGUCCCCCGAUGACUGAGCCUCCUGAGGGGAGCUGGAGCUGCCACCUGUGCCUGGCUCUGCUGAAGGAGAAAGCCUCCAUAUACCAGCAGAACCAGAGCUCCGCCCCCGAGUGACCUUCACAGUGGCAAACCCCGCCCCCUCGGCAACGGCACCCCACCCCUGAGCACCACAUCAAAAGCCCCUCCCACUCCGGAGCUGCGGGGCUCUGUCCGGACGUGGCAGAGCCAGACGACAGGUCAGCCACAGCAGCACCGCUCGCAUCUACAGCAUCAAAGGGGGGAUCCUCCCAAAACAGACCCCAGAUCAGUCAACAUGGGGAACAGAGUCAAUCAUGUGAUCAUCACUACCAACCUGCCAGCCAAGGCCCCAAGGCUUGCUUUCAAACACACACACACUCACACUCACACACACACACACACAGAGCACUGUCACUCCUCUGGACUGUUACACACCUUAGAUCAAGAGACAGAGAGCAUGCAGUAACCAUAGCAACCGCUGUCUCCAUGGGAGCUCCCGGGAGCAAAUGGAUCAGCAUCACUGCUAAUUAUGUGCACCCUGACACACUCAGAGACACGGUGUGGACUGCUAGGACAGUUUGUGUUUUUCCUGCCAAAUGAUCUAUUUUUCCUCCCUGGACGGGGAGAACAGCAUCACACACAUGGGUUUUCAAAAUGAAUCCCGUUGUCGAGGGAUGAUAUUAUUGUUCUUAUUACUGUUCUUAUUACUAGUGGACUUUUGUAGUGGCAUUUGUCUGUGUACUUCUGUCUGAUCUAUUAGAACAUUUAUCUAACGAGGAGGUUUCCCCGUGGGGAGCCAGUCGGUGCCAAGGUCCAUCAUCACACAAAUCAGACGUGUCACCACCUCUUCCCAUCUCUCCGCUCAGCACCAGUGUUCCCACAAGCAGUCAGGCCAUCUUUGUUUCAUUGUGAGUCGGUGGGACAAAGAGGGUCCACAGUGUCUUUUGGGAGUGCAAACCUUAAAACUUACUUUUAGAGCUUGAUUCAACAGUAACACAGACUCUUCGUCUACAUAAAGCAAGACAUUCAGAUAUUUAGAAAAUGCUGCCAAGAAGAGUAUCAGUUGAUUUAUGCUAAUAGCACAAAUAUAUAAUCUUCAGCCUUGCCUGUUUAGCAAUACGCCAAAACCUAAUUUCCAUGGCUGACACUGAUACUGCAAACUAAACAUGGCCAAUACAACAGAUCAGUCACCUUUACCAAGCAGUGUACAACUUUACCAAUAUUUUGGGAUCAUAACUAAAAUUUAUUUUACUGUAACAUUCCCUUUGUGUCAGAAAAUCCAGUUGCUUUAGUUUGAUUUCUGAUGUUAGUUGUUGCUGUUAGUAUCAGAUUUUAGUAUUAGGGAAUUUCUGUGGUAUCUGUUCUCUAUUUUAGCCUGCUGUAAGGCCCAAUAAAUGAAACUCGUGUCAUUAAUGGUGCAUCCUUUUUCUGGAAUAGGUCUUGUGCCAGCAUUUUAGGAACAAUUUGAUGGUGAUAUCUUUCAUAAACCCCGGCCAUUCUCGUCUCCUGCUGUCAAACUGAUUAGUCUGACCAUGAGCUGCUCCCAGCCGUCACACACAAACCAACUGUAGCUGCUUUUAUCAUUUGUCACACUGAGGCAGAUUUGCAUGCAAAUUGCACCCGUACGAAUGCACACACUCACACUUCACAAUUCAUUUUUUUUUUCUUUUUUUUUUUUCUUGGUUUGUAUUUUUUUUACAUUUUGUAUACUGUAUCUUACUUGAUAUUUCAUUGGUAUUGGGAGUUUUUAACUAGUAGAAUUUUGUAUGUAUAUGGUAUAGCUAACAGUUCACAUUCAGAUACUAAUGCAUCGUAUGUAUUGUAUUGACUUUUUCUAUUUUGUUAUGACUGUGACAUGUUUAAAUUUCUUUUGUGAUUAUUCUGAUAUGUCAUUGACCUCCAUUAUGAGUAUUUGUAAAAUGAUGUACUUUGUUGUACUAUUAUUAUUAUUUUUUUUACAUUUAUUUGGUAUUGAAGUUGAUUUCGCCUGACUGAAAUAAAAAUGUCCAUGUAU